CACAUAGUAGUACCGAAAUGAUGAUCGAUAAUAUUGUUAGAAUGCGUCUAAGGAGAACAACCCUCGGAAUGAGACAAUUUCUAAAGCACACUGAUAAUUUCUACCGUGAUUUGUUUAAAAUAUUUAGUUUUAAUAAGACAAAUUUUUUGUAGUUUUCAUUUCAUCAGAAAAAUAAUAACUAUUUAACACGAUAUACAUUUUUUUCAAUAGAAUUGUGCUGACGUAUUAAUUGUAUUGAAUUUGAUCUAAAACCAUCAUCUUUAUUGUUGUUUUUUUUUUAAUAUGAAAAUUUAAAAAGUUGUACACUUGUACAAAACAAUAUGUUCUACAAAUAUCCUAGUAAACGUAAAGUAGAUAGAUCCUCAGAUCGUUAUUCAGUAACAGGAGACCGAUACAACUAAUUCAUAUUUAAGAUCAUCUAUCGAAAAUGAACAUCAUGAGACAUAAAUUAAUUAGUUCAAGAUGGAAAUAUAUGAUUAUUAUUUCAAGUAUUUUCUUAACAUUAAAUACUAUGGUAGUAUUUGGAGUGCCAUUAAGUAUGUCAUAUUCAAAUCAAGAAAAUAUUAGGAAUGAACAUAUUGCACAUGGAAAAGAGUAUAAUAAAAAGCUAGUUGACUCUAGCUGUAUAGUCAAUGGUUCAAAGUAUGGAGAAGGUGAAUAUACACCAGGAGCAGGCCCAUGUGAGGAAUGUAUUUGUCAUCCACCAAAUGUUGUAUGUUCAAUGAUGAAAUGUCCAAUAAAUACUGGUUGCAUUACAAUUCAAUUACCAAAUAAAUGCUGUCCAAAGUACAAAUGUGAUUGUGAACAUAAAGGUAAACAGUAUAAUAAUGGAGAAAAAAUUAAUAAAUCUGACGAAUCUGCUUGUAGAGUAUGUUUUUGCAAUGGUGGAGAAAUAGUAUGCACUUCUAUUGUAUGUUAUACUAGAAAUGAUUGCCAAGGAUAUUAUUUACCAGGAGAUUGUUGUCCUAAAUAUGAUAAUUGCUCGUCAACUUCAAUAGAACAAAAACAAAAAGAAUCAAUGACUUCUAAGAAAUCAAAUGGCAGACAAAUUUAUAACUGGUCACAUACUACAGAACUAAAUUUUAACGAGGAUGGUAUUUGGAAAAGGGAUACAGAAAAAAGUCAAAACCAAGAAUUGACUACAGUUCCAAAUUUUUUGACAACAAUGCCUAUAACAUUUUAUGACUCAAAAAAAGUAACUAGGGACAUGAACACAUCAUUACCUUAUUUUGAAGAAUUAGAUGCUUCAACAGCAAAUUCAAUACUAGAUACAAAUUUUACUUUCAACAAAUCAGAUAUCGAAAUUAAUAAUUUAGUAACUGUAGGUGAUAUUAAUGAAAGUUUAAAAACUUCAUUUUUAGGUUUUGAAAUCGAUAAUUUUACAACAUAUGAAGAAACCACCGAUACUAGUUUUAUAACAAAUAAUAAAACUUCCGAAAUUAUACCACAAUUUGAAGAAUUAUUUGAUACUACAACAGAUAUUGAUAAUUCAGUAAUAAUAACAGAUCAAAAUGGUACUGAAACUAUUAUAGGAUUGACAGAAGAACCAGUAACUGAAGAAAUUAUUAAUUCAGUACCUAGAACAAGUAGUACACAGGUUGAAAUUUUUAAUCCAAACGAUUUAAUGUUAGAUACAGAAAAAUCAAUGAUUGAACUUUCUACUAUAGCAUCUGAAAUAGAUAUAACAACUGAGAUGGAUUAUGAAGAGUCUAGGGAAGCAACAACACCAAGAGCACCUGAUAAAUCAACAAUUGGUACACCUCAUAAAUUAGUUAUGGACACACUUCAAAAAACUAUCGAGGAUGAAAUAAAUACAGAAAAUACAUUUACAGAUUUAGAAGAUACCACAGAUAUGUUUGGACCAAACUUUGGAUAUAAAACACAAACAAAUCAAAUUUCCUUUGAUUCAAAUUCAGAUAGUACACAAACAAAAAAAAAUACCUAUACAACAUUUUUACCAACCAUAUUAACAACCUUAAAAAAUAUGAAAGAAAUAACCACUGAAUAUCCCCAUAAUGAAUUAUUCAAUCAAUCAUUUAACAAUUCAAAUAUCAAAAAUAUUAAACAUAAUAUUUCAGAAAACAUAGAAUAUGAUUCAGAAAAUAUAUCUAUUAAUACAAAUAAAUCAACUGAAAUGUACAAUGACACUAGUUUUCUUGAAUUAGAAACAAAAAAUACUACUUCAUGUAUAAAUAGUAGUUGUACCAAUUCUUCAAAAUUAAAUGAUGAACUAUUUGACUCUCAAUCAAAGCCAACUUCAACUACUCCAUUUAUUAUUGAAACAAAAUUAUUACCAAUUAAAGACUCUCUACGUUCAGUAAUUAGAAAAAUUACAUACCCUAAAGAAUAUCCUGAUGAAUUUGAAACAAUUCAAAAUGGACCAUCUUUAACUAUAACAAAAAGAACAUACACAAGCAUUCCAGACAUAGUUUAUACAACAACAACUAUGGUUACCUUGCCCACUUUAGAAUUAAUUUAUAAAGCUGAUAAAGAAAUUGAAAAAUAUUUAUCUGAAAUUCAACCGACAACUAUUAAACCAAGUAAUAGUUUACGCCCGCUUCGAAAUAUAUCAUUUUUAAAUCCAGCUUAAAACUAGUUUAAUAUUUAGAACAGUUUUAUAAUGACAUUAUAAGUUGUUUGGAAUCUAUGAAUACCUACUCACUUUCUCACUGGUGAUUUGAAUUAUUUUAUUUACCAGUGCAAAUAUAAGUGUCUAUGGAUCUAAAACUGUUUUAAUGCUAUGAUGUAAUCAUUCUAAUUGUAAAUUUUCUUCAUUAUAAAUGUAUAUUAUGAAUAAUAUUAAUUGUUCUUAAAAUAUAUUAUAGUAUAAACUGUAUGAACUACUUAUUAGGUAAAAAUAUAUCUACCAUAGAUGAAU